AUGGGAGUUGUCAUCAUCGACGGGUCAACAGUCCGUUCCUUCGUAGACGACGAGGCCCAGUUCAAAAAAAGCGUAGACGAAGCCUUCGCCUCUCUCGACCUCAACAACGACGGCGUUUUAUCAAGAUCAGAGCUCCGCCGCGUCUUCGAGUCGCUCCGUCUUAUCGAGACCCACUUCGGGGUGGACGUGGCCACGCCGCCGGAGGAACUGACGAAGCUCUACGACUCGAUUUUUGACAAAUUCGAUUGCGACCAAAACGGGACGGUGGAUAAGGAGGAGUUUAGGAACGAGAUGAAGAAGAUUAUGCUGGCUAUUGCUGAUGGACUCGGAUCUAACCCAAUUCAGAUGGCUCUUGAAGAUGAUGAUAAGAAUUUCCUCAAGCAGGCUGCUGAUCUUGAGGCUUCUAAGAUUUCUGGGUGA